CUGUUUAACAUGGAUCCAGUAAUUUUAAGCUGCAGUUCCCCACCAGGCCAAGUCCCAAAUAUACAUAGGGGAAAACAGAAUAGCCCUGUGCCAGCAUGCCUUUACCCUGUGGUACAAGUACAGUCAAAACAUGAGAGGUCCUUAGACGAGAGGGAAAACAAGCUCAAAAGAAAAAGGAAAGAGACAGCUGAAAAGGAAAAUUCACCAGCAUCAGUGACUGAUGGAUCGAUGAAGCCCAGCAUGGACAACUUUUCUGACAAUGCUGUAGUCAGAGCUACAAGGACACCUCCUCCAGAACGGCCAAAGAACCAGGAAUCUGCUUUGAGACCCUUAACAACGCAAACCAGCACAAGAGUGCAGAUGAAGCAUCCGGGCGGUCCAAACCUCACAUACAUCAAACCCGAGGACAAAACAAAAGACUCUGGUAAGAAACAACCAUGCAACCACAACUCCAGUUCCUCAGCGGUCACUGCCACACCAUGCCCUGAGGAAACUGUGAGCAAAAACGCCCACAUUCACAAACCCGGAGCAUGCGCUCUAGGGGUUCUGAACGUGCGCAAAACCACACACAUUCACAAACCCGGAGCACGCGCUCUAGGGGUUGUGAAUAAAAAACCAAGGACUGAAAAUUCCUGCAAUGCCGAGGUAUUGCAGCCACACAAACACCACUCCAGUUCCUCAGCGGCCACUGCCACACCAAGCCCUGAGAACUGUGAGCAAAAAUGCCCACAUUCACAAACCCGGAGCACGCGCUCUAGGGGUUCUGAACGUGCGCAAAACCACACACAUUCACAAACCCGGAGCAGGCGCUCUAGGGGUUGUGAAUAAAAAGCCAAGGACUGAGA